UUUUUUUUUACAAUCUUUUGUGCGUGUGUUGCAUCGGGCAGAUCAACAGCUGAUCAUUUAUUUCGGACUGUUUUGAACGAAAUGCGUGAAUUUGAUAAAGUAAUAAAACGUAGUUAUCAAAUUGUGCAAUUCUACAUAUCAUCCAACACUCUUUUUUAUCAUGAAGAUUUUUCGCUGAAACAACUGCAAGAAGAUUGAAACUUAAAGAGUGCACUUUGAGAUUGUGUCAAUUCUGCAAGGAGAUACACAAAAGAAUAUACGCAGUUAAGCGGAGGGAAACAUUACCAGGAGCAUGUCGGCAUUAUCGGAGAGUCUCACGAUUAAGCAACCUAUUAGACGCCUAGAAAUCCAAAUCAAUAAUUUCAAUGUUGCCAUACCACAUCAUGUAAAUUUGUUGAAGCGACAUAAGAACAAUAUCAAGAAAUAUCAGGAACAACACGAUUGGGAACAGGUUCGGAAGGAGCACAUAAAUGUCUCUCGGAUCAUCAAGCAACUAAAGGAAUUGUUGUACCAGAUGGACACUCUCAGAGCGCAGGUUCUUGAUGUUGAUAUUGGUAAAUUUGAUAAAUUGACGACCAACGCACGAUCGAGCAUCAUGAGCGCGAUUGAGGAGUAUUUAGAGAUGGAAUUGAAUUUUUCGACAUCACCACCUAUGGCUGAAAGUAAACCACAGGAAACUCAAGAUCCACUUGAUGAUAGUGGUAUUCAAUUGCAAGUAGAACAGGAAGAUUUGCGGCAUCAACAGACAUGUCUGCAUGUCUGGAAUCGUCUGCAAGGGGAAAUACAGCAGUUACAUGAACUCUUUGCCGAAUUUAAUAAAGUUGUACAUGAUCAGAAAGAGAUGGUGGAUAAUAUGGAAGAUAAUAUUGAAGAGACUCAAAUAAAUGUGAAUGAAGGUACACGAUAUCUACAGAAGGCUUCUGCAUAUAAAGUUGCUGCGUAUCCCAUAGCAGGUGCUAUGCUAGGCACAUGUAUUGGAGGACCAAUAGGUUUGAUAGCUGGACUGAAAUUUGGUGGUCUUGCUGCCGUAGGUUGUGGUAUUUUAGGUUUUACAGGAGGGUCAUUAUUGAAAAAGAAACAAAUAGAAUUACAAAAACAAGAACCAUGUUUAAAUAAAUCAAACUCAGUAGAUCUCAAGACUGUUAAAAAAUCUGCCUCUUGUCCCGAGGAUUUAAAACAAGAUAAAAAACAAUUGUGACAAACGGUCGUGACUUUGUCAACAUGCGAUAUUAAUUUUAAACAUAAAAAGAAGUGCACUGUUAUAUAAUUGUAUAUUGCUACUUGUACAUUUUUUGUAAACCUAUUUUUUAUUUGUACAUAAAAGCUAUAUGUUUUGUAAAGUUAUGUAGUUUAAAAUUUCUUUGAGGGAGAUUUUUUAACUUUUAUGACAUAGUGUUUAUAACUCUGUAUGCUUAAAAAAUCAAUGACUAGUCUUGUUCAAAUUGUAAAUCUUUUAAAAUACGCGUAACCUUUUUAAUGUAUCAUACAAAAUUAUUACAAGAUCAUUGUGCUUCACAUAACAGAACUUAAAUACAUACACGUUAAAAUAAGGUUGAUAGAUGAUUAAAGAAGAUAUUUCUUUUAUGAAGCAAUCACUUUUACAUGCCUUUCAUGUGCCUUGUAACAGCUUUAAAUUAUUAAAAUACUUAUGAUCUGACUUUUUAAAUUUUGCUACAGCUCAUUAUUACUUUUCUACUAAUUAAUAUAACGAUCACGAUUGAAAGUAAAAUUUAAUAAGUGUGCAAUUAAAAAAUAUUUACUUUAAUAUAAACUAACUUUUAGCAUUAUAUAUUUUGCAUUUUACUGUACAUUGUCUCAAAAGAUAUUACUCUUAAUACAUGAAUUAAGAAAAGUAAAGUAUGUAAAACAUAAAAACGGCUUGCAUUGAUCACGUGAGAAUUAUUAAACUAAUUGCAGAAAUUUUACUACAAACAUAUAAAAUACACGAUAUGCCGAUUGCAAAAUAACGAUUGUAACAAUCAUUUGAAAUAUAUGAAACAUCGAAAUAUUUAUUCCGGCAAAUAAUUACAUACUGGAAAUUGUAGACAUACGUGGUAGAUAAUACGGUGUGAUAACAUUCACAAAAACAUUUGAGUUCUCUACAAAAGGCACCCAAUACAGUAUAUUUAGCAAGUAAUAAAAUACAUCGGUGUUAGACACGGUACAAUACUGAAAUAAUUGUGUGUUAUUAAAUGUAAUAUAUACAUUUCAUUUAUAAUGAAAGUACUUAAUCUACAGACUAAAAUGUUCUACUUAAAAAAA